CCCACCUGUUUAGCAGAUAACAAGCCAACUCAAGCUUCCCUUACCAACUGAUAGCCUUUCCUAAAGCAACAAUCCUUUAAAAUCUUACUCUUGAUUCAUAUUAAAGAAAAUACAUUUCGGUGCUAGUCAUGGGUAUCCGAAUGCCAGGUUUCUUUCUUGCUAAACAAGUUCUUCGUCAGUCCAUUCAAACUGCAAAGAAAGGAGCUUCAACGUCUUUAGAUGUACCGAAAGGCUUCUUUGCAGUAUAUGUUGGAGAGACUCAGAAUCAGAAGAAGCGCUUUGUGGUUCCUGUGUCCUAUCUGAACCAGCCUUUGUUUCAAGAUUUGCUAAAUAAAGCAGAAGAGGAAUUUGGCUUCAACCAUCCAAUGGGUGGUUUAACAAUUCCCUGCGGAGAAGAAACUUUCAUUUAUGUCACUUCGCGCUUAAAUAGAACAUAGGAGAAGGCAGGAAUUACUGACUUGAUGUAAAUAUUAUUUAGCCUCUUUUGAUAGAAGUUUGCAGGGACAGAGUCUUCCCAUAUAGGAAAAGUGAGUAAUGGAAUACAAUAUUAUUUCCAUCUCAAAUUCAUUAUACUCACUAGUUUUAUGAUCAUUCUCCGUAUUUAGAUGAAUAGCAAUUUUAAACUUGUAAUCCGAUGCAACCUCAAUUUUUAUAGAUGGAAUUCAACUACUCUGUAAUCGUCAUUGACAUUCCCAUCAAACAUGUAACACUGGUGUCUUCUCGGUCAAAUUUACGGAUAGAGACAUCAGCGGUUAGCAUAUAGAUGCCCUAUCAGUCCCAGGUGACACAAGUAGAGUACAAUCUCAUCCAGAA